AUGGCAGAUUCAUCAGCACCAUUGUUGACCUAUACUGAAGAUGAAGAUACUUCCCCGCCUUUGAAUUUCGACAAGAUUUUCGAGCAGAGUUUGUCUGAUUUCGGGUUCUCCCAGUUUCUACAGAUAAUUCUUAUCGGGCUUGCCUUUGCCUUUGAUUCGCAACAGACAUUCAUCACCGUCUUCACAGACGCAUAUCCCACGUGGCACUGUCUCGACCACACCAUUUGCAAUCCGGCAACUACCGACAUCUGUGAGAUUCCACGGUCUGCAUGGGCUUGGGACGGCGGAUCCAAGGGUAUAUCCGUCAUUUCGGAGUUCAAUCUCGAGUGUUCAAGCUCCUUCCUCAGAGGUCUUCCCUCAUCAAGCUUUUACGUAGGUUCUAUCGUUGGAGGGGUUGUCAUGGCUAUGAUCCCAGACGGUUUCUUGGGACGGAAGCAACUUCUUUUCUUCUCCACUUUUGCCAUGUCACUCACUGGAAUCACUAUCUCCUUCUCCUCCAACGUAUGGAUCUACGCGAUCUUGAAGUUUGCUAUCGGAUUCGCUCGUUCCCAGACUGGGACGUUCGCGCUUAAUCUAGUAUGUGAACAAGUAUCCACCAGACUGAGACCGAGAGCUACUAUGAUUCCCUUCACUCUGUUUGUGUUAGGGUUCCUGUCACUGCCUGGUAUCGCCUACCUUGUUCGACACGACUCCUGGAGAGUUCUCUAUCUCUGCACAGCCGUUCCUGCCGUCAUCCACAGUAUUGUCCUCUAUUUCUUCGCCUUGGAGUCUCCUCGCUGGCUCCAUCUGCAAAGGAAGAACGAAGAAGCCAUUCAAGUGCUCAAGAAGAUUUCACCUGCAAAGAGAGAUUACUUGGAAUCAAUAUCUUAUAGGCUGUCUCGAGAAGAAACCUUGGAACAAGCUCCAAGAAGCUCGAUCAAGGACUUGUUAAGCCGAAGAUGGGCUAUUCGAAGAAUCGUGGUUGUUAUGAUCAUAAUGUUUGGUUUGGGAAUGAUGUAUUACGGAGUUCCAUUAGCGGUUAGAGACAUAAAAGUAAACAUCUAUCUGAGCGAAGCCCUAAACGCUUUGGUGGAGUUACCGACGUUUGUUAUCACACCGAUCUUGCUAGAGAAGUUCAACAGAAGGAGCUCUGUGCUUGUCAAUUGCUUAAUCGGAGGAGCAUUAGGAGUGUUGUGUUUCGUCCUGACCCAUUUUGGGAGAACAAACAUUGGUCUUGCCCUCGAACUCGCUUCUUUCUUCUGCGCCAGGAUCGGAUUUAACCUAAUGUCGGUUUAUCUGGUUGAGAUGUUCCCAACAUGCGUGAGGAAUUUCGCUACAACGAUGCUUAGACAAGCGCUUGUACUUGGAGGAGCUUGUUGUCCGAUCAUUGCUUCAAUUGGAAGAAAUGUUCCGUCACUAUCUUUCGCGGUUUUCGGGACUGCCUUGGCCGGUCUCGGUUUAUUUGUUUUGCUACUUCCUGAGACAAAAGGCUCAAGUCUUUGUGAUACAAUGGAAGCACAAGAGAAGAGUGACCAAGCCUUGAAGACUAGCCCUAGUUGUUGA